AUGUUGCGUGUGACGUUUUCCCGAUUAGACUUGCGCCCAAACAUUUGCAAACAUGGUGAAAACAGUGCGACAUGUAAGAAAAGCUACAUAGCACGAAAACCACAAGAAACACCAGUUACAGUUGAUUUACCACUGGUAGAACCAACACAAACAGUAAUGGAUCCAUUUUCUCUUUUAAUGAUGAAAAUGGAACAAAUGUUUAAAAUACAGGAACAAUCACAGAUACAGCAUGAACAAGAAACUGCUAAACAGCUUGCAACUGAGAUUAAUAAUAAUUUAGAUAAACGUAUUAGCAGAGUAGAUGAACGAAUUAGGACCUUGGAUGAACGCAUCAGUCAAUUAGAUGAGUGUAUGCAGUUAAGCUUUUCACAGUUCUCAAAAGAGAUAGAUCAAAAGCUUGAAAACCGGUUAAAAGAACACGACCGCCAGCUGCGACAGCAAUUAGAUGCCCAGUUGUCUGCUAUACAGAACAACAUUUCAAGUAUGCAACAAACAUUCCAUGACUUACCACAGAAUGUAAAGCAAGUAACCCAGGAUGUGGACAAAUUACAACAAACACACACUUCUUUGGAAGGAGAAAUACGCAACAUAAGUACGCGUAUAGAAAACCUUACAGUUGAUAAUCAAAAUAUAAUAGAACAAAAAUGCAAAGAACAAGAAGAAUGCAUUGUGACCACAUUCAACACAUGGCUAAAUGACAAAGACAAACAAAUUAGUACUGUUAUACGGAAGGAACUACCUGUGAUGUUACAACGAGCAGGAACACAACCGAUACAUGAAAACAACACAAAGAUUCAUGAACUCCAGACUGAAUUACAAAAUGUGCAGAAAGUGCUUAAUGAAACACGUAUGCAAACAUCUCAUAACAGUUCACCGGAGUGUGUUAGUAUCACAGAAACACACCCUGAUCAUUAUGAAAUGCCUUUAACUGAAAGUAGGGGGCAGACGGGCAAUAAUUUCAAUCCAACAUGUGGAGUAACAUCCGUUUAUCAAGACCAUACACAAUCAUUGGUGACUCAGGAUGCUUUAGUGAAGAAUUCACAGUUUCAGAAGUUUACCAAUGAUAAGAAUGGACCCCAUCCAAUUGUGUUUAUCAAAGGGAUCUGCGGAAUAAUGCCAAAAAGUUGGAACAAAAGGGAGAAAAUUGUCUUUACCAUUAUCCAUAUUCAAGAUUUGGUUAUCGAAGAGGACAGACACCAUUAUGGGAAUAAUUCGUCGAAUAAUGGUAAUGGCAACGGGCGAAACCACAAGAACAAUAGUAAUAGAAACACCUACUAUGGGAAUCAAAAUCAUUGGAAUAGUCCUAAUUAUUCAGGAUGGCAGAACCACAAUAUGAACGCAAAUGGACAGUACGGUAAUGCACCGAAUCACAAUUAUCAUCCACAGAACAAUAGUGGACAAAACAAUAAUGGAAACUUUUCAAAGAAACAGAAAUGA